AUGUGGCAGCGAACGGCUGUGCUGGUCGCUUUAAUAGUUGUGGUAAAUUGCAUCGAUGUUCGCUUACUUAAACGUUAUCAUGGAUCCUCAAUUAAGGUUGAUUGCUUCGAUUAUCCUGAGCCCAAGGACUUUAAAUAUUUUAGAAGUCUAGAAGGUUACCGUAAAAAAGAACCACGUUUUAUUCACACCACUCCAAAAUACCGACCUCCUCCCAAAUUAGCACGUCGAUCUGAUUACUACAAUAAGGAAGAUAUUGUCAAGGAGCACGCAAAACUUGUGCAAGACAUCAACAGCCUUCGCCAAGUACUUUUCGUACCACCCCUGGCAGAUGAAAGCAAGGACUACGAAGAUUCUAUAUUUCACGAGAUUUUAGAGACAUCUACCACAGCUAAACCUACGCUAACAACCCAAAAACAAAGGAAUGGUAUACCAAUCAUAUUAGCGGGUACAGCGAGUCAAACGGUGACCUCUCAGCCAAUCAAACUAAAUAAAGAGACGAUUAAUUUAGUGGGUUCUUCUGUAUCGCCGAUUGUAAAGCAUCCGUACCCCUUUGAUAUGCCUACGAGAUCGCCGUUAAGGGUUUGUAUGGCAACACCGUUGUCCACGAGAGAUCCAUAUGCGAUCAAGCGGAGACCGAGUUUGUGGCAACGGAUCGUAAACACGCUUGAAAUCUACCCUAGCUUUAAGUUAUAGCUGUAACUGUAGGAUUAAUAAGUUAGUGGCAUUUUAAUAGGGAAUAACACGUGAGCGAUUGUUUAUGUACUAUAAGCGAUAAAGAGCUGAAUGCUGAAAUAUAAUAAAACAAUUCAUGAUAUUAUUUAAAAAAGAACACAAUUAUUGCUGCUUUGUUUAACCUAAAGUCGCCUUCAAGGUGUUAAUCGUAAUUAUGGUUUUUUAACUUAGGAUUGUCGCGAACUUUAACAGUGUGUCUUAACUCAUUUAAGUUCAAUUAUUUUAAACUAAACUAAUCUAAGGACAGACUGGUAUAUAAAAACUUUGAUUCUCGCCUUUGAUGCGUGCAACUAUUGUAGAUACUUGUGUCCAUAGUUCCCUCUGUGUUUAACUCGCAUUAGCUAUUAAGAUGAUGCUGAUCAAUAGUCAAUCAAUAUAAAUAGUCUUUAAUAUUCUCUAAGCCUAGCUUUAUAACUGUUUGAGUCACGUAUUGUUCUUACGAAAUUAGAAGUUUACAUAUUAUAUCUAACAUUGAUUUACAUUGUAUGAUACAAUAUGUUGUUAAUUAUUUAAAUUUACUGCUUGGUAAGAAGAUUAAAUCAAUAUUCCCAUCCUUAUUCCUCUGCAAUUACGAAGUAAUCUGAUAAAACCAGUUGGCACAAAGUUCUCGCUUAGAAGCUUAAACCAUGUCUUGAAAUCUAAAGACUUAUUUACAAUUUGUUUAGGAACAAUCUACUUUAAGUAAUAAUAUGUGUAAGUUGUAUCUUACAACAAUUUUCCAAAUGUUUUAAUGGAGUCAAUCCAUCUUCUGAAUUUUCCUCUUCUUCCAUUUGUUAUAUUUAUGACUCAUUUGUUAUUUUCUUAUUAAUAUUUUCCAGCUCCAGCUCCAGCUCUUGCCACAUGCAAGUUUUUCCAAUUGUUCUGUUUAUUAUAUUAAAAGAUUAUCAAACAGGUUAUUGUCUGUAUAAUCAAUCUAUUUAUAUGAACGUUGAUCAUUCACGCAUGAUGUAAUUGCAUAAUCAUGCUAAACAGUCUGGAAAAUAGUUUGUCAUAUCGUUAGGUUAUUUAAAAAUACAUAUUUGAAACAUGCGUUAUAUUUAAACAUAUUAAAAUAAUGAUAGACACUAUAGUUACUAUAGGAAUUUAUACUUCCAUAAGGACUGUGUUGGUUUUUUAAUUCCCAUACUUCACUGGCGCAGCGACACAAAGACCCCACCAACGGUUAAGCCAAAAGUUAUACAACGUAACUUUUAUAGAUAUUUUAUAAAACAACACAUAAAUGUUCAAACGGUAACAAAAUGUGUACAACAGAACACAUUUUUUUUUGUUUUACACUAGGAUCACAGAUAAGUAUAUAUUUUUUUAGGAAAGCAUUAAAAACUUCAUUUAUUAUAUGUUUCAUUUAUUAAGAGGUAUUUAUUGGUAGAGCACUAGUAGGUAUUAGUUACCAACAAAAAUAGUGUGAGUAACAUAAAGAUAAUUUUGUAAGUAUUACCAAAAAUAAAAAUAAAAUAUUGAUGUAGCCACGUUCAAAUUUGCUUUGC